AUGGCACCAACUUCAAUAGCACUUAUUCUUGGCUCCGGCCCACGAGUUGGCGCUUCUGUUGCCAAGGCAUUCGCCAGCAAAGGCUACCAAGUAGCCAUUGCCUCGAGGCAUGGAACUGGGACCAAGAACUCGGACGGUUAUCUCUCGCUCAAGGCGGAUUUCACCAAUCCCGAAUCAAUCGCGCCCCUAUUUGAAGCCGUGAGAAAGGAAUUCCAUGCCUCACCUAAUGUUGUGGUGUACAAUGCCGCCAGUCUGACUAUUCCUCCUGAUGAGGAUUCUAUCUUGUCCAUCCCAUUCGACACAGUUGCAUCGGAUCUGAAUGUCAACACUAUCAGCCCUUAUGUUGCGGCUCAGCAAUCAAUCCACCAUUGGAAGGAGCUUCCGUCUGACAUCAAGAAGACCUUCAUAUACACUGGUAAUAUAUUGAAUGUCUCGGUUAUCCCAGCUCCAAGAGUGCUGGAUUUGGGCAUGGGCAAGGCUGCUUCAGCAUUUUGGGUGGGGGUGGCAGACGCAUCGUACGCGACAAAGGGAUUCCGAUUCUUUUACACGGACGAACGAAAGAGCGAUGGUCAACCUGUCUCGACGGAAAUCGAUGGCGAUGCACAUGGUGAAUUCUACCUUGAGUUGAGUACCCAUGAGGGGCAGAUUCCAUGGCACGCCACCUUUGUUAAGGGCCAGGGGUAUGUUCAGUUCAAGUAG